GUGUUGACGUUGUGUCAGCGACGGACAGACGUUUGUCAUCGUCAAACCGCUCGGAGCUUUGCCAGGGGAAGGCGGGACCCGAUUUUCACUUUUUUUUUUCCUUCCUUCCCUUUCCUCUCUUGAGUGGAAGGAAGGAGUACGCGUGAAGAUGCCGGCUAGUGCUUUGGAACGAACAACUUCAUCCGCGCCGAGUGGGGCUUCCGCUGUGGGAAAUUCGCCAAGUCAGAUAACCAGCAGAAAGUCUUCCAAACCAAUUAUGGAAAAGCGGAGACGUGCGCGAAUCAACGAAAGUUUGGGUCACCUGAAGACUCUCAUCUUGGAUGCGCUGAAGAAAGAUAGCUCCAGACACUCCAAAUUAGAGAAGGCGGAUAUCCUUGAGAUGACUGUGAAGCACCUCAGGAACAUGCAACGACUUCAGAUGACAGCCGCCAUGAGCACAGAUCCGUCCGUCCUGGUUAAAUACCGGGCCGGUUUCAGCGAGUGCGUCGGCGAGGUCACCCGUUACCUGUCCACGUGCGAGGAAGUCAACGCCGAGGCGAGGACCGGCCUGCUCAGCCACCUGGCGGCCCGCGUCUCCCAGAUGAACGACGUCGGUUUCUACACACCUCACUCCGGCCCGCGCCGACAAAGCGGAAUUCCCGCCGCUCGGGUUCCUUGCAAAAGCGUCUCACAGAUGGAACACCCUGCGGACGCCGCCAAGCUCCGCGGCGGCUACCAGGUGGUGCCGACCCCCGAUGGACAUUUUGCCUUUCUUGUUCCCAGUGCAGCUCUCGCCCCUCUGAGCGCACAGAGCAGCCAUUACGUGUCUCCCGGUGCACCCCCGCCCACCUCAGACUCUGUGUGGAGACCCUGGUAGGGUCGGAACACAAAACUGGACUAUCACACAACUCGACUUGAUUUUUAUACUUUUUUGUAAAGGUACCUGAGAGUUUACAUGUUUUUGGCUUUCUGAAGGAAAGUUUACAGACUCGGUGUGAUACGAUCUACUUUAGCGUUUCCCAACAUUUUUCUCGAAAAUUCUAACAGCACCAAACAAAAAUGUCACCAAAAUUAUUUGCAUGCUAAACGAAUGUGCUUGUCCCAAUCUGCACGCAAAUGAACCUAAAAUCGGAGCUUGCUGAAUUGAACACAAAGCUGUUAUUCUGUUGGUUGAAGGGCGACUGGUUGAUUUACAGCUUAGUCCCACUUUCUGCCAUCUCGUGGGAGAACAUAUUAUGGUCUGUCUGUCAUGCUUCAUUGCCGGCUUAAAUUAUACAGAUGAGCAAAGAUACAUUUGUCAGAAAAAGUUACAAUUUUCAGACCAAUUAAGUGCAACGUGCCCAGUGGUUGGGAAUCACUGAUCUUUAUUGUAUCCCAACAAUUUGUAAGCCUCGUGAGGCAAACACAUUUGUUGAAGCACUCCAUUUUAUAAGCUAAAUAAUAAAACAUUUCUAUGUUGUCUA